GUAAUUUGAUCUUAGUUCAAGGAGGUGCCCGUAAUUUGGCAAAAAAAAUAAAAGAAAAGAACAAAAUACAAAAUACGGGGGUAUUGUGGUAAUUCGGCGCCGGAAAAAAUACUGUACAUGCCUGUAUCUAUCGAUUUCAGUUAGAGAGCGGAAACUAUAUUCCGUUACUAUAAAUUGACACAAGCUGUGAAGAAGGGGGAAAACACCAUUAUCAAAAUAUUCCGAUCUGCAGCAGUUACAAUAAUCACCCGGAGUUUCUUCUUCUUCCAUCCAUUAAACACGCACAAACACACACACACACACAAACACACAUUCAGUAUGGUUUUGCAAUUGGCCCCGAACAUGCAGCAACCAGCUGUACUGCAGUGGCCGUACAGGCAAUAUGACGACGGCGACGGCGUCCCUCACAUCACUCUUCUUCAUCCUGGCGGCUACACCGCCGAGAUUAUGCUUUAUGGAGCUCAGGUAGUAUCAUGGACGAACGAACGCGAAGAGGAGUUGCUUUUUAUCAGUACAGAGGCCGUUUACGAACCUCCACAUCCGGCUCGUGGAGGCAUCCCAAUUUGCUUCCCAAAGUUUUACGACAAUGUAAACAUGGAGGAAAACGGAUUUGCUCGAACCAGAAUGUGGAGACUCGAGGAUUUGAUGCACGAUAUAGCCUUUCCCGUUCCACCCCGUGAUCAUGCAUUUGUUGAUUUCAUUCUCGAUAAUAUGCCCGACAACUUCCCGAACUGGCCUAAUCAUAGAUUUGAGCUCCGUUUACGUGUUAUGCUGGGACCCACCGGAGAUCUGACUAUGAUAUCUCGUGUAAAAAACGUCAACAUUGACGGGAAUCCUUUCACAUUCAAAUUUGCCUAUCACACCUACUUCCCUGUUUCAGAUAUCAGGGCAACUCAGGUUGAAGGAUUGGAGACGGUGGAUUUUGUGGACUAUCUGCAGAUGCACGAGCGAUUUACUGAAGGGCCUAAUCCAAUCACUUUCGACAAUGAAAUCGACAGGGUAUAUCUGAACACUCCCGAUGAGAUAACUGUUAGGGACCGUGAGCUUAGAAGAACUUUUACCAUUCACAAAGAUGCCAAUCUUCCUGAAAUUGUUGUGUGGAAUCCAUGGGAUCUUGAGGCAAGGCGUACGGCUGAUUUAGGAGACGAAGAGUAUAAGGAGAUGGUUUGUGUUGAAGCAGCUGCUGUGGAGAGUGACGUUACGUUGAAUCCCGAUCAAGAGUGGACCGGGACCCAACGACUUUCCGUCGAGUAUUUCUGAUUUGAUUUGUUACUUUUGCUAAUUCAGUUGAUAAACCUUCUUUUGCCAUAAUGCCUAAUACUUCUGAUUGACAACACAAUAUUAUUGCAUUCAAGUAUAAUACCUAAUAUCCAGCCUUUGAUGAAUGUAUAUAUGAUGUGAUUUGAUUUUUUUUCUUAUUAGUAUAUUUUCUUUCUUUUUGUGGAACAACAUUCCUUGUACUCCACGUACGUAAUCUCACUAAACAAUAUAAAAUCCCGGUGUGUUAAUUAGAGAAAAACGUGCACAAUUUUUUUUUUUUUUCAUU